AUGGCUACAUCCUCCUCUCGACGACAGGAGCGCAACGUGGCCAGACUCGCCGACGGCGCACCGGACCUGAUCUGGAACCGGCCGCUGGCUCCAGGCGUGAAAUCAUGCAGCGGUUGUUUGCGUGGAAACAUCAAAAGACUUGAAAAUACCGGCUUUGCGGUUGAUUAUGAGAUCAACUCUUGGGAAAAUGCUAGCCUCCAUGGUGGGUGUCAACGUUACCGUCUUUUUCUCGAGCCUCAGUUCCAUGUCAGUUGCUGGGAAGAAGGUUCCUUGGUAGAUGAGGACGUCGUGCUCGAACAAAAUUCAAACAUCUCUAUCCAACGGUCCUGCGCCAUCAAUGGAAGCAUCUUCGCAGCCCGAGAGGACAUUCUGGUUCUGUUCGGCUUUAUCAAGAAGCAUGCGGCAUCACUCAGAUCAAUCCCAGCUUCUGUAAAGCGGGCCAAGAUGGCCCUGCAUGAGGCGCUUCGCAAGACUGUGGACGUGGAGCUCAAGUUCUCAAAGCAGAUGAACAGACUGAUGCAUAACCCAUUUCUGGUUGUUCGGCCUUAUGGACGCCCCGAGGGUCAGAUCAAGAGAUGGGAUCGGUACAAAGCAGAGCUUGCUCGGCGCCGGGACCACUUUCGUCUCCGGGGCCCUUUCCCCUACGACGGAGACGUGGUCGAGAAGCGCGCCUGGCACCUCGCAAGCCUGCCCCGUCUGCUGCCGGCCGAUGAAACAUACAAGGAGUUCCACUCGGCCAUCGAUGCUCUGGUGGUGGAACACGAGCGGUUCCUGGGAGAGGCCGCCAGGGUGGUACCCAAAUCCAUUCGAGACCAGAUGCCCCCGAAGCGCCUCCUGAGCAUGGCGCUGCGACUUCGAGAUGUAGCACAUGCCGAGUCCCACUCCGACACCAAACCCCGACUUCGUAACCAGGAGUCUGCUGCCGGGGCACGAGAGAGCAGCAAUAAAGGGCCAGGAACGCCAGCCCAGCCAGCUCAUGCCGCUCAUCGCAAGCCCAACGAGCAACCGGGACAACCGACAGCCAAGAGAAUCAAGCGCGAGCCUCAGGAUCGCCUUCCGACUAUGGUCUCUGCUACAAACAAGAAACGCAAGGCAGCUCACGCAGCCAUCGACCAGUCACGCCCCGACAAGAAGCCCAGGCGCCAUCCCCUUGAUGAUGGUUUCGCUUCAACGCUUACUUCAAUCCGCCACGGCCAGAUUCAAGCAACGAAAGGCAAACCCCAACGUCAAAAAGUGUGUGUCAAGCCAUCAUUGAUCCCGGGGGUCUUCCGUAAGAACUGGCUCUGA